AUGAAGUUCUUUGGUGCUAUUUGCUUACUCUCCUGUUUCCCCUAUUUCAUUUCAGCCAGCUCUUGGUUUUCGGCAUCUAAAUUUAAUCCAGUCGAUGAAGAUUUGACUGUUCAGGGCAACAAAAUUCCGGGAGCGAAUCCCGCAAGUUAUUGCUCGGAUUGGGACCGUGAAAGUGACCAUGUCACAAUUGAUUACAUCAAUCUUCUUCCAAACCCUCCUAAAGCCGGCAAAAACCUUACAAUUCAGGGCCAAGUGGACGUUGGCACGACUGUCCUCAAUGGAAGCUACGUUGAAAUUGUUGUCAAAUAUGGCUUUGUCCCUAUUGUGAGAGAGCGCUUAGAUAUUUGCGAACAAGCAUACGAAUUAGCAGAUGUUGAAUGUCCAGUAGAAGCUGGGGUCAUUAAGAAAGAAGCUACUAUUUCAUUGCCGUGGGCUAUACCUCCAGGACGCUAUUAUGUUGUUGCCAAGGCUUACAAUGCUAACGAUGAACAACUUACUUGUGUUUCGGCUACAGUUUCCUUCAGUCAUUUUGGCUUCCAGCUAAUUGAUCAGGAUUAG